UCAGACAGGUAUCAAACUCCUGUCUGCCUCCUCCUUCCAGACCAUUUUCAGUUAAACUGUAAGAGGAACCUGAAGCUCACCCAGAGAGGUUUCGAAGAGUCAUGAUGUCUGAUUCCAGGGUGUCCUCAGUGAUCCACGAGUGGGCCACCUCUUACUCGGGGCAGGCCCACACCUUGAACCACACCACACCGACCAAUCAGCUGGCUCCGAUGGACAUGAUAUCGUACAGCCAGGCUCAGGGACUGGGGAGGGGGGGCGCUGAUGACAUGAUGGGACUGUCUUACCUGCCGUACACGUCUUCCUGCCUCAGCAACAACUCAAGCUCGGGCAGCACAAUCCACCACCAGAGCCAGGCCAACACUCAGCAGGACUUCUCCUCCUUCCUCCUGCCAACCCUGCGGGCCCCCGCCAACAAGAGGAGCAUCAGCAAGGACAGCGCGGAGUACCGCAUGCGGCGCGAGAGGAACAACGUGGCGGUGAGGAAGAGCCGGGACAAGGCCCGCAGGAGGAUCAUGCUGACCCAGCAGAGGGCCCUGCAGCUGCAGGACGAGAACCAGAAGCUGCAGAUGCGCAUCGGGCAGCUGACCCAGGAGCUGGUCUCCCUCAAACACAUCCUGUCGCAGCGGCACCUGCAGGGAGCCCAGGAGGGAGCAGCGGGGGUCUCCACUAUCUAG